CCUCAACCCCGUUCAUCACCCUCGACGCGCAAGGUCCCCUCGCUCGAAUCGCCGUGUUCGCGCUAUGCUGUGUGGUUUGUUUCAAUCGCCCGGUCGCUUGUCUGUUGGCUAUUAAUCCCAACCUCCUGCUCAACCUGUCGCGUCCUAUCGUCCCUCCUAGAUCCACUCAACAACUCGUCGAACAUCACCAAGCGGAGAAUAUGUCAACGGGGCCUACCGUGUCCGCGUCGGAUACGCACGCCCCUGCUUUUCCCAGCCAGAGUCUUGGACACAGUCGUGGUCGUGGCCAUGGUCAUUCGCGGUCGAGUCGCUCGCACACCCCUAUCUCCCACACGGUUACUGCCUCGGAUGUCUCUCAACAGCCAUUGACGGGCAUUGGUAUCGUCAAUGGUCAUAUCCCGGAUGCCAAUGGCCACGGACAUCAUCAUAAUCACUCCCAUUCGCAUUCGCACGCCCAUUCGCAUUCACAUGGCCAUUCACACUCCCACCCCCACUCCCACUCCAUCCACGACGGGCAUGGGUCGCACGCCCAUGGGAAUAGCCUGGGUGGCUACGGGGUGAAACCCGUCGCGAAUGUAACGGGGAUAUUUGAGGAGGCCACCAUUGCGGCAGAGUCUCAGGAGCCAAAAAGCCGAGAAAUCCUCGCCGGUAUCCUCCUAGCCCUCCCGUGGAUCGUCCUGUCCUGGUACCAUGGCCACUAUGCGCAGUGGCAGAUGUCCAAGGCUACUCCUGACGACCCCGUCGCUCCAGUCAUCGGCAGCGGAAACAUGAUCGGCACCACAGGGAAAGCGUCCAUGCUGACAGCCGUGACGAUGGUUAUGCUGGGAUGUGGCCAGCUGGCGCUGCGGGGGGGUAACACGGGAGCAUUGAAGUUGGGCGCUGCGACGGGUGGUGCUGCGGUCAAGCAGUUGUGCUCGAUUGCGCUUCCGGUUUAUGCCGCGUUGCAGGUGGGCAGCUUCCUUGUCGCGAUGGUUCUACCGCUUGCGCUCGCCUCGGGGAUGCCGACCAUUCCAACCUCCGGCAGUGCCCACGGGCGGCUGAGCCAGAAGAAGUUCACUGCCGUGUUCAUUCUGGGUGCGGUUACGUUGUGCUUUACUGGAUUUAACACGACCUGGAACCGGAACCCGGUUCUGGGUUACGUGUGUCUGCUGCUCUCGGUGUUUGCCAUCCAUCCGCCUUUUCUCGGGCAAGUGCUGGGAUCUGACAAUAAGCUUGCACCUAAUGCGGUCGCCCACCCUGUCGCCACGGUCGUGCUCGGCGUCGUGCUUGCAGUCGGUACGGCUGUCUUUUCCACGGCCCUGUCCUUCGGGGCUGUGGAUUUGGGGUACCUCUUGGCCGCGGCGGGUUCCAUGGCGGUGUGCUUCACAUAUCUCGCACCCGUAGAUAUGCACUCGCCGCGGAAACUCGGCCUCGUUGUCGCAACCGGAAGUGCUGCUCUGUUGUGCUCCCCGCCGCCGCAGAGCGAGGUGUACUUAAUCUAUAUUUCGCGGGCCAUCCUCAGUGCAGCGGCUGUCUUUGCGGCUAUGCUAGACAACCGGACCGCACAUCACGCCCACACCCACGAUCACUCACCUGCGCAGGCCUCUCGAUGGACGAAGUUCAUCCUCCGCCACAGCGAGCCGUACCCGCUGCUCUACAGCAUCCUCAAGGAGAGCGAUUCGCGCCGCAUCUUCUACUUUAUGGCUCUCAACUUUUCCUUCAUGCUGGUGCAACUCUGCUACGGGUUUUUGACCGGGUCGCUUGGGCUGCUGAGUGACAGCAUUCACAUGUUCUUCGACUGUCUUGCGCUGGUCGUGGGUCUCUGUGCGGCCGUCAUGAGCAAGUGGCCGCCGAAUGCGCGGUUCCCGUACGGAUACGGCAAGGUCGACACGCUGUCGGGGUUUGCCAAUGGUGUUUUCCUCAUGAUCAUCAGCAUCGAAAUCAUCUACGAGGCCGUGGAGCGACUAUCUACAGGCAGCCACAUGCACCGAAUCGGCGAGCUCCUAGCGGUCAGUUCAGCAGGCCUGCUAGUCAACCUAGUCGGCAUCAUGGCAUUUGACCACGGGCACGCGCAUCACGGACACGACCACGGCCACUCACAUGGCAACGAGAACAUGCACGGCAUCUUCCUCCACAUCCUAGCAGACACGCUAGGCUCAGUAGCGGUGGUCAUCUCAACGCUGCUGGUGCAUUACUCCGGCUGGGCGGGAUACGAUCCCCUCGCGUCGUGUCUGAUCGCGAUCUUGAUCUUCGCGUCGGCAGUGCCGCUUGUCAGCAGCACGGCCAAGAGGUUACUUCUGACGCUGCCGGCGGACGUGGAGUAUACCGUGCGCGAGACGUUAGCAGGGGUUAGCACCCUUCGGGGAGUGGCGGGGUAUACGGUGCCGAAGUUUUGGCUAGACGAUACGGCAGCGACGUCGGAUGAUGGGCAUGGACAUGGGCAUGGACAUGGGCAUGGACAUGGGCAUGGACAUAGUCAUGGGCACGGGCAUUGCCACGAUCAUCAGGAUCACGACCACCACCAUCAUGACCACCAUGACCACCAUCAUGACCAUCACGACCAUGACCACGACCACAACCACAGCCAAAACGUGCUAGGCGUCAUCCACGUGAUCGCCUCCCGCAGCGCCGAGCUCGAAGAUGUGCGACAGCGGACAGUCGACUACCUCCGCGCCAAAGGAAUGGACACGCUGGUACAGGUUGAACGCGAGGGGGAUGCACGAUGUUGGUGUGGUGGGGGGAAUAAGGGGUCUCUGCUGUAGAUGGC